AUGGCCGGGCCGCCCGUGUAUCGGCCUGGUGGCACUGCUUGUGCGGCGCUGGUCGGGGCACAGAAUCCGUUUGAGCCAGCGGCUCGGGUGCCAGCCGCCUUUGAGCCUGUGUCCCGGGUGCCGGCAGUCCUGCCCAGCAAAAUCGUGCGGACGAUCUCGCCAGCGCAGCAGUGGCAACCGGCUGCUUUUGCAUGCCCUGGCUGUGGCAAUGUGCCCCUUUCGGACAGCAUCUUCUGCCGCCGAUGUGGCUACAGGCUCAAAGAAGAUCGCCCCGAGUCUCCAAAGGCGAAGACCGAAGAUGUGGUGAAACUACAGUCGCUGGUCGACAGCCUGCAGCAGGCAAAUGUGGAGCUGAAGCUGCAGGCGGAGAUGACGCCUUCGCUGGCUUCGCAGGUGGAAGAUCUCACCAAAGAUCUUGCAGCUUGCCGGCAAGGGAAAAAGCGUGCAGACGAGGACCUUGCGAAAGCGCUGCGCAGGGUUGCAGAACUGGAAGCUGUUGUUGCACGGCAGGAAGCAGACAACUCCGAAGGUGUGCUGGAGAAAGAGCUUCUUGAAGAUGAUCGUGCAAAGAUUCUGGAGGAGGCGAAUGGGCGGCUGUUCGAAAUGAGCCGCCGAGAGCAGUCCUUGAGAGUUGAUGGGCAGCUAUUCGCUGCAGGCCAAUGCCAGCUUCUCAAGGCCUGCUGCUUCCGCCUGUGGUGGUGUCUGCGCACCGAUCUUCCAGGCCUUGAGGUCGUGUCGCCACCUGCGCCGCAGGAAGGCACACAGGCUUGGUGCGGACAAGGCGUGGACCCCCUCCCGGUGAACCGCAUGCCGCUGCCGGACGACUGGCGCGGUAUUUUGCAGUUCCAGGCUCAGCUCUUCCAUGGCUUUGCCGAGGCACUGAGCCACCGGACGGAGGUGGCCACCGGCUCGUCUCCGAAGGCACGCGCUGCCUCUCCGGUGCACUCGCGUGAGGUCGCGAUGAGCCCAAAGUCACCCAAAGAGGAGGGACCUGCGGAAUCAGCAGCACGCCACCAACACAAUGGAUCGGCGGGCCAUCAACACACAGAGGUGCUCGCCGACUUCAGGGCCCACCCGGUGAAUCGUCCCGUGGAAGCGCGGAAGGCAGCGAUUGCUGAUUUCUGGAAAGCUGUUGGACUAGGUCUCGAUUUCCACGGCUCAAGCAUCACGUUGGUGAAAGUUCAAACAACUUUCCACAGCCACAGGGACGUGGCAUCCAUUGGCGGCUUCAGGCUUCAAGGCUGCGUGCCAGCUCCGCAGACUCCCAGACAGGACAUCGAGGAGGAUCCUCGGGCAAAGUUUCCGAGACCAGCCAUGGAAGGAGAGCCGCCUCACCGCAACCGGAGCGCUGGAAGCACUGAGGGGCAGAACCUUCUCCCGGAAAGCUCUGCACCGUUGGCUGAGACCGCCGCGGUAGCGGCACAAAGGCACCACUGGGAGUUCCGCGCGACCACGCUGUUUCUCGUCGUCUGCUGUCUGGAGAUCAGUGACCUCAUCUUCGCCGUCGACUCGGUGAGCGCGAUCGUGGCACAGGUCAACGAUCUGUUCCUGGCGUACACCUCUGCAGUCUUUGCGAUGCUGGGCCUGCGCGCAACAUUCUUCAUCAUCGACGUGCUCGUCCACAUGUUCGAGCUUCUCAAGUACGGAGUCGCGGCAGUGCUCAUCUUCAUUGGAGUGAAGCUCAUUCUGGCCCACCACUACACCAUCGAGCCACACACUGUGGUCCUGGUCCUCAUCGGCUGCAUCGGGGCCUCCAUGGUCGCGUCGGUGAUGAAGGCAGAGAUGGAGAAGAAAAUGCAGGGCCACGACCCGGAGGACGUCGCCAAGCGUGUGGAGCAGGUCAAGGAGAAGACAUCUCCUUUCACUUCGCCCUACGCGCCUGCAGCCCUGCCUACUCAGCGCGCCUGCUGA